CACAAAUAGAAGUGUAUGAACCACUAAAUAUUUUGUUACAUAAAGUAAAUGCUGGAAUAAAAUGAGUUCGAGACGAGAGAAGGAGUACAUGAUGUCUUCUGCGCUUAAGGCGGGCAGCAAGAUCUCCGUGCAGCCCGAUGACAUCCGACAACAGUACACGGAAUGUGCCGAGUGCAAAAACGAAUACAACGACUUCCUCCGUACCCCGCGCGUGCUUCCGUGCCUGCACGGGAUCUGCAUCUCGUGCCUCGAGUCGACGGCCACGCGCGGUAUCGUCAAGUGUCCCACGUGUGAGAUUCGCCACAACGUGCCCAAUGGCGAUCUGGAGGCUUUUCGACCGGACGAGACCAGACUCUUUCUGGUCAACCACCAAAAGGUUCAAGGCCGUACCCCGGACAUCGGCUGUCAAGAGUGCACAAACAAGACGCGAGUGGCCAAGCACCGGUGUAAGGAAUGUGCCCAGUUUCUCUGUGAUGAAUGCAAUGACGCACACUGCCGCACCAAGAUCACAAAACGCCACCACAUCCUCACGAUGGACGAGCUGAAGGACGCUCCCCUCGACGACUUCCAGCAGGUGCACUUCUGUACCGUUCCCGGUCACGAGGAGCAGCCCUAUGCCUUCUUCUGUCUGACAUCCACGUGUGACCGCCCCAUCUGUGCCAUGUGCGCUGUAGCCGAUCACCAGGAGUCCAAGGGUCACGACAUCCGGGAACUGCAUGAAGUGUACAUGGAUACUCGCCGAUCCAUCGAGGGAUUAAUGUCUGAUGUAAAGCACCGCACACUCUCCGCCCAAGAUACGGCCGCAUCCAUUGAAACUACUAUCGACAACCUUGAUACCAGUCUACAACAUACUACACACAAUAUCGACACCGCAUUUGACAACAGUAUCAAAGCUCUGGAGCGCAGACGUUCGGAACUAAAGGACAAGGCGCAUGCACGAGCAAGAGAAAAGAAAAAAAGGCUGGAAAACCAGUUGGACAGCAUCAACUUCCAUAUCAAUAGCAUGGAAGACGCGAACGAGUUUUCCGCAAAUAUCGCCACGUACGGGAGCCAGUCAGAGUUUCUGUUCUUCAAAGAUACGAUCAUUGAGCGUCUGAACCACCUACGGGAUGAGGAGUUUGAUACGCUUCCUCACGACAACGAUGAAAUCAAGUUCAGAAAUACGAAACUAGGCGAAGAUUUUAACAAGCAUGUGAGAGAUAUGGGAGGUAUUUGGUCGACGUCGGCGUACGUUCCGAACACGCACGUGGAUACCAAUGACGUCAUUGUGGACCGGGAGCAGACGAUUCUCCACAUCACAUUGUUUGACAGCGAGGGAAUGCAGCAGUCCGAUAGCGGUGUGGACCUGCGUGUUGACGUGCUAGAUCCAUCCGGGCGGCGGCGGGGCGCUACGGUAGUGGACAACACUUCCGGGGACGGCCGCUACAAAGCCGUGUACCUGGGGACGAGCAAGGGGAAGCACCGCGCCACUGUGUACCUACACGGGACGCCAAUGCAGAACGACCACGUGUUUAGGGUUUCCUCCCCGCACACUGUCGAGAGACUCGAUCUGCAUGGUCAUGGCGGACGAGAUCAGAUGAAGAUUUCCAGAUCGAUGCGGACUGCUACUCCCAGCGCUAUGAGUGAGGACAUGUCCCCAAUUACCGACCACAUGCUAGGAGACGUGAUUUGUCCUGGGUUUGUUUUGGACGCGACCACAUCGAGUCCUAGUGUUGAGAUCUUGGAAGAAGGAAAGACGAUGAAGGCUAAGAUCAGCAAGGGCUCCACCACUCGCCGCACCGGCAGGGAACAGGGCAGAUUUGCCAUCUACCGCGGCGCAAUGGCGAGCAGGCCGAUCCAGAAGUCCGGUUUGUAUUACUUCGAAGUGGGCGUGGUCUACAAGGUGCACAAGCUCAUUCGUCAGGAACACGUGUUCGAGAUCGGCCUCUCCAAGUUGGACUGCAUCGACCGCCACCCGUCCGUCGACUGCCACCCAUAUGCUUGGUGCGUGAGCGCGCGUGGCUGUCACGUUUGUGGAAAGGUAUGCCUUCAGACCUGGCAUAAUGGGCAGCUUCUCUCCCACACCGCUAUUUCCGCCCGUACAAAGUCGCCGCCCGGGACCUUCAUUCGUCUCUACUACGGCUUCCUAUUGGAUGCCGAGCGCCGCCACUGGAUCAUCACGGACGUGAAGAACAAGAAGCUAAUUUUCCGGUUCAAGAAUCUAGUGGUGUCGGAAAUGUCGGAGCCGCUAUGGCCGGUGUUCUCCGUCUCCAGCCCGGAAGUGACGCAGACUGUCCUCACUAUCAAGACCGGCCGCGUCAUCGACGUCGUCCCGGAUGAAGCACUGGAGGCCCUAGCGCCGUGAAUAGGGGACAAAGCGUGUCUGUGAUCCGGAAGCGAGUUACUAUACAUGUUAAUGGGAACACUACGAUUAUAAGUUUAAUAUCAUAUCUAAUGAAUAUAAUGGAUAGGCUGAGAUAUAAACGAAGUGAAAAUUUGUUUUAGCAAUUUCUUGUCUUCGUUCAAUGGUGAUAAAUGUCUUAUUAUGUAACGUCUGAGAAUAUAAUUUUGACAACUGAUGAACAUUUUCCAAAACUUUUACAUAAAUAUAGAUGUCUUUGUAAUUUAUAUACUGUAUUUGUAUUUUUGUGUGCUUUUUGUCUUUCUGCACCGUAUUUACAUAUAAAGUUAUGUGAAGUCCCAUCAUAAAUGAAUGUCGUUUAUUGUGGUGAAAAGUUCAUGUUUGAUAUUUAAGAUAAUUAGCCGCUUUCUUUAUAGAAUAAAUAAAAAGGGAGCUACAACCGUGCAAGAAUGCUGUUAACUUAAAAAAUGGUCAAAACGGAUUUUUUUAAACCUCUCUUUACUUUACCAUACUAUAUUAACUUAAAUUAGAAUUAUUGCUUGAUUGUUAUCCAAAAUGCUGUAUCAAAUAUUUUUUUUGUUAAUGCAAAGUUAUUUUAUGAGAUAUUCAGUUUUAUAUUUGGGAAGAUAAUUUUGCAUUUGACAGACUUGUCUCACUUGACUAUGUAAUUCGAGAACAAACAGUUCGAGUUAUUUUAAAGAGGUACAUAUAUAUGGUAUUAUUAAACACAUGUAUUGAGUUCUA